UUGAACUGGUCUCAUUCGAUUCUUUUAGUUUACCACAUAGAACUAAAGCGACGAGUGUGACGUCAUACUGUGCUUUCUUAGUACUCUCCAGUAUUCAGAGAAGAAAAUGGCUGGUGCAGGAGGUUCUAACACCGGUUCUGUUCUGCAAAAGCUUGGUUUGAGACCAGUAACGAAAUGCAGUCUUGUUAAGUACUACAUGCCGGUUUUCGGCGUUGCUUCAUAUACAGCAUUGUCCGUCAACGUGAUGAAUCCAAGUCUCGUCAUCAGAAUAUUUCCAAAGAGAGAUAUCACAAACGUCUUACUCUUUAGUGCACUAGCAGGUACUGGUUCAUACUUUUAUACCAGAGAGCACAUGGUAAAAGCUGAAACUAGUCAAAGAUUGUUAUAUAGUGGUACUGGAGCGUUGUUGCUGACUUUUGGUUCAGUUUUGAUGUGGGCUGUUCUACGAUCCAUUGUACCACCAAAUCCAACUCUGUGCACUUUAGUUGGUAUUGGUUCAGGAUUGCUAGUUAUCAAAGUUGGUUCUAAUUAUAUGGACUUCGUUGAUAAUCAGAUAGCUAAAAAGUAGACGACUAUAUUCUUUUAUUUAAUUUCAUUAUUUUUCUGCACCAAAUUUAUUAUUCGAUGGAAGAUAAGAUUCAAUUUAAUUACCAUUGCGUAAUUAGAAUAUCAUCGAGCCUAGUAAUACUUGUGGUUUUCUAAAUUUUAUAUGAUUGUCUCUAUUUGUAGUAAAAAUGGAUAUAUUAGU